AUGGGCACUGAUGGGGCUGCACUGAUAGGCACUGGUAGGCUGCACUGAUGGGCACUGAUGGGGCUGCACUGAUCAGGGCACUGGGGCGGACUGACAACUCAUGGGGCCCCCGGGCAAUAGGGGAUCAUGGGGCCCCUGUGUCCUUGCCCAAACUCAAAAAUGCCUAUGAAAAAGGUACCAGGGGCAUCUGAUGGGGCCCCCUACUGACCCCGGGCCCUCGGGCAGUGCCCGAGUUUCCAAAUGGUCAGUCCACCCCUGGACAUGAGUGUCUGCAGGAUAGCAGA